CAACAUCCCGUGCACCGAGCAGGAACUCGAUCCCAAACCCUAUAUUGCGGUCAAGUAGCAGCCAGACGGACGGGCGUUCCGAGCGAAAUCCGACUCAGUUGAGCCCCCUUUUUCUCCCGUAUUCGUGUCGCGGAACUUUGGCAAGCUGUUCUUCGUAGAUGUUGUAGUCUAAAGCCUGGUUCUGACGAUACGGAUUUUUACUCCGGAUUUACCAUAGUGACGUGAGGAGAACUAGUGACGUCAUUGUUUUCUUUAUGUGCUGCCUUCACCAUGUAACGGGGUCUUCUCAUGCUCCCUUACCAUUCAUCAGAUCUCUCCGCCUUGUUCCUGUAAAUUCUGUUUGAAGAUAAAAUUAAGUUUUAGCAGAACAUAUGGAAGGUCAUCAUAGUUUAGAGGCAAAAGACUUAAGCUUACACAUCCAAGGCCUAGACAAGAUGGGUGAUGGGGGUGGGAUGCUCUCCCUAUCGUGGAACAACCACAGUUCCACGUUUAGUCACAUGCUUGCAUCUCUGCGGCGUUUUGAACACUACUCAGAUGUGACUUUAUCCUGCGAUGGAGAGUUUUAUUGUGUGCACAAGUUUGUUUUAUCUAUGUGUAGUGAUUAUUUCACCAAAGUGUUUGAGGGCACACCCUGUAAACAUCCUGUCAUUGUACUCAAGGACAUUCAAAAGAAAGAAAUGGAAGCAUUAUUGAAUUAUAUGUAUCUUGGCCAAGUGAGUGUAGCACAAAAUGACUUGGCUCAGCUGAUAAGGGUUGCCGAGAUUUUGCAGAUAAGAGGCUUAGCUGUUCCAGAUGAUCCCAUCAAAGGGGAUCGGAAGGGACGUUCAGGUCAGUUUAAGAAAAAGGGUGACGAUAAAAGCUCGCACGAUAUCUGUACGUUAGAGAGCAAGUCGUCGUCUUCAGCCGACGGAUCAAACGAUGGAAAGCAGCAUUUAGAGCACGGAAUUCUCGGUCAUGUCGGUGACGGCAAGGGAAGCCUAGGUGUUGAUGGUGGCUCUGGUCAGGUGGUGGGUGAGCAAGGCCAGGGGAAUAAUGAUAAUGAUGACGAAAACCACUCGGGAUUGAUCAGAAUUGGAGCUUGUUUUCACAGCAAAGAAAGUACUGGCUUUAACGUAGGUGAUCUCGUAGACCAAAACAUGGAGGUAUCUGGGAGAGAUGGAAGUGAAGAUAGCACCAGGAAUUCCAUAUAUUAUAACAGAGACGGAAGGAACCCAAGCAACACGGACUCGGCAAGCCACCCGCAGUUACAAGAGCUCUAUGGUCGGGAAAGUUUGAGGCCUCAACUUGAGGAUUCUGAGUGUGGAGGAAAUACCGAUGGCAGUGCUCUGAGUGUUUCACGUUUUAAAUAUGACAAGAUGUACCAGAACCGGGCAGCAUUUUACCACACCUUAGCACAGGAAAACACCAUUACAGAAGGACAACCUGGGCCGUCUUUAUUUCAUGGGGUAGGGGUAAAUGAAGCCGCAACCCGUAGCAUGGAAGGAUCUGUGACUGUUGAAAGUAUGCAUAGUUUCACCGAAGAGGCAUUUCAGAACCCGUACUUUCUCUUCUCAAGUGCAGACCAAAACGACUGUUUGAGUCCGAAGCUAAGAAGUUUGGAAAAGAGACACAAGAGGCCAUAUGCUUGUACGCAGUGUAGUUAUAGCACAUCAUCCAGAAGCAACCUCGUCAUCCACAUGCGCACUCAUACGGGGGAACGCCCGUACUCUUGUCCUGAAUGUUCAUUCUCUGCUUCGUUCGAGUACAAUCUUAAAGUUCACAUGCGUACUCACACUGGAGAAAAGCCCUUUACUUGCCCCCAUUGUCCUGUCAAAUUUGCACAGAAGUCUCAUCUAAAAAACCAUCUUGUGACACACACUGGUGAGAAGCCCUUUGUGUGUCAGCAGUGUUCGAUGAGAUUUAGUAGGAGGAGUAACUUACAGCGGCAUAUGGCCAAACAUCAGUAGUCGGGUGUACAUUGCUGAAGCGAUGGUCAUUUUUAUGAUCUUAAUGAACUGGUACUAUGUUAAGAGAAAAAAUUUUGAUUUUAUUUAAUGUGCACUUGUACGUAUAUGUAAAUCCUACAUGAAAUGUAUGUAUUGUAUGUAUGUAUUAAUGAAUGAAUGAAUGUACGUAUACGUAGGAAAAGUUAGUGGUUGUAUUAUCAGGGGUAAUGGUUUUGGAUUUGUAGAUGCAUUUCAUUUGGCUGGUUACCCAUGAACAAGUUUUAAAGCUUACAAAGCGUGGCUAUUUUUUGACACAAUCUCAGUUUUAAAAGCAGCUAUGUGACAAAUUAUUUAUUGCCUCUACUUUUAUACAUAACAUUUUCUUAUUUCUCAUAAUUUUUGCUCAUAUCCAUGUUUUACAGUAUUUUAUUACCUGGCAAGGGUAUUUUGUUAAAUGAGAAUGUAAGUACAUUACCAACUAUAGAUUUGCUAUUUGUAGAUAUAUAAGUGUGAUGCUGAAUGUUAGUUUUUGAGUGUUUGUGAGAAGAAAGAUAAUUUAAAGCAAAUGCCAUUUUGCCAGUUCAUUGUAAAUUAAAAUUCGUCUGAAAUCCUUGUACUAGCAUAGAGCAGUACCAUUCAUAGUGUCAGUAUGUAUCCAAAUGUUUAUUGUGUAUUGGGAAUUUGGCACAUUUGGAAUUCCGGAUGGAUACAUUCAGGAAUUUUUGUGUUUCUCCAGUUAGUACAGUACAAUAUGCAGCAGUUUUUCAAACAGAUGUAGAUCGUCAUUUAUUGUAGUGUUGAAAGAAUCUUGCAAACCUCUUGAA